CCAUCGACGCUGCCCAGUGAUACGACAACCAUCAGCAACGCACCCGACCACUCCCUGGCACGCACCUUGCGGACGAUUAUUAAUCACCGUGCAUCGACCCUUCCAAGGCCGUGUGCCAUGCGGGGAUACUUCGGCGGCACUUCCCCGAUGACAAUGAAAAUGGACCUGUGCUCUCUCCCCUCUCGCUCUCGAUGAUUGGACGCUUAGCACUCACUCGUUUUUCAUGCCAUCUACGUGGAGCCGCAGGGGAUCACACCACAACACCUGCUGUAAGGAUUGAUCUCCAGACCACUGUCCCCCAGACAUCGAGGCAUCGGUGGUUUCAUCGAUUGGAUAAUAAGACCAAGACUGUGGGAUGCGCGUGUGCUGUACUGCGCUGGACCGUCCCUACACUCCACCUCGCCCGGCGCACUCUCCAUAAGGCUGUGGGCGGCAUCAGACGGCGUACGGAAUUUCGUUCAACGGGCGGACGGACGGGCGGGACGGCCCACGCUGGAACAUUCUCUCUCAGCAAUUCGUUCGUCCGCCCGCGUGGAGAAGAAGAAGAGGAAGGGAAGAACGGGGCCCAAGCUCCUGCGCGGCUGGUAACGGUCCGAAAGGCACGGAAGCCUGGGAAGGUCGGGGCGGGUGUUGAGAGAGAUCCAACGUAAAGCUCCCAAUCGGCACACCCGUCUCCUGGUCCCUUUUGGCUCUGCGUAUUGGCGCUCUCCCUCCUCUAGACCAAGACGACGACGACGUCGACAGCAAUUCCUCACCACCACCACCACUGCCG